AUGAAUGUUCUUUUUUGGAACAUUCGGGGUCUGAGGAAGGCCACUGGUAAAAGGGCCCUUUGCUUGUUUUUGAGAGAGCAUUCUCCAGAUGUGCUGUGCUUAGCUGAACCAAUGGUUCAAGUAAGUGACUUUCCUUCUUUAUUUUUUAAUAAAUUGGGAUAUGCAAUAGAUUUCAUCCAUAACACUAGGCAGAGUAAAGCUCCUAACUUAUGGAUUAUAUGGAAGAUUGGUUUACCCCGCCCUGUAGUCUUUGCCUCUUCGGAUCAAUCUAUUUCCAUUCUCUGCGAUUGGUCUGGUAGCAAGAUAGGUCUAUCUUUCGUCCAUGCUGGAUCUUUUAAAGUUAUUCGCAGGAAUUUGUUGUUAGAGCUGGGGUUGCAGUUGUCCACUCUUAUCCCCUGGUUAGUAAUUGGGGACUUCAAUGCCACUCUAGCUUCUCAUGAGAAGCUAGGCCUUGGAGCUUUUAAUCUUGGAUCGGCAGCGAAAUUUCAGGCCAUGGUUGAUGGGAGAGAGCUUCUUCCUGUUCCCUCUCUGGGAAAGAAAUUUACUUGGUCAAAUAAUCGUCGUCGAGGCAAUGUGAGGGCAAUUCUGGAUCGCUCCUUUUAUAAUGAGAAGUGGCUUGAUUUCUUGAAGAAUGUAAAGCAGCGGGUCUUGGUGUCCUCAGCGUCUGACCAUGCCCCGUUAUUAAUAGCUUCAGACGAUAUUCCAAAGCCUAGAAAUUCCCCCUUUCGUUUCCACAGUUUCUGGAUGGAAAAUGAAAGUUUUAUUUCGGUUGUGGAGGAUGCUUGGAGAGAUCAGUUUGGUGGUGACCCUAUUUUCAUCUUGGCAUCCAAAUUAAUAAGAGUUAAAGAGUCGUUGAGACCAUGGACGAGGUCUACUUUUCCUAACUUGAACGAUGAGCUCGAGAAGGCAAGGUUGGGCCUCAAGGAGGUUCAAGAUAUGAUUGAUGUAGCUGAGAAGGCAAAAUUGAGAUGGAUAAAAGAAGGAGACUGUAACUCCAAAUUUUUUCAUCUAUCUGUGAAAUUAAGACGUGCAAAAAACCAGAUCACCACUUUGAGAAAGGAGAACGGCUCAUGGGUCUCUAACCAGAGUGACAUUGCUUCUUAUAGUUCUGAAUUUUAUCAGAGGUUUCACGAGGCUACUGAAACCAUUAUUCACAAUGACUUGUUAGAAAAUAUUCCAAGAGUGUUGGAAGAGGAUGAUGUGGCGGUUCUGGAGUUUGUUCCGAGCAGGGAUGAAAUCAAGCAGGCGGUGUGGGACCUGGACCCAGCUAGCUCACCUGGUCCAGAUGGCUUUCCUGGCAGCUUCUUUUGA